AUGGGUGGCGUGGGAUGGGCGAUCGUCGGCUACUCGGGCACCAAGGAGAUCCCCAAUGGCGAGGGGAUCGACUCUUGCCCGUUCCGGGUGGGAGGCUGCACAUGGAAUGUACGUUACUAUCCCAACGGGUUAAGAUCUGAGUACAGUGGUUACAUAGGCCUUUUUCUCUUCUUGAAUGAUACAGUCGCCGGCGAGGCCAAGACCGUGAAGGCAAAAUUCAUGUUCAGCUUACUUGACCAACAUGGGAAGCCGGUGUCAUCGUAUACCGCUACUUCCGACACGAGGGAAUUUUCUGCGCAUAAAGGUCACGGGUUUGGCGGAUUUAUGAGAAGGGUUCAAUUGGACGAAUCCGAGCAUCUCAAGGACGAUUCCUUCACGGUCAAGGUCGAUGUCACUAUCAUGAGCGAGUUCCAUACGCAGGAGACACCAUCUAUCCUGGUGCCACCAUCUGAUUUGCACCGGCACUUAGGGGUUCUUCUGUCGAGCAAGGCAGGCGUCGAUGUCAAAUUCCAAGUCGGCGGGGAGACAUUCUCGGCACACCGAUUGGUACUUGCAGCACGGUCUCCUGUCUUCAGAGCAGAGUUCUUUGGCCAGAUGAGGGAGGGAACCACCACUGAGGCCAUACGCAUAGAUGACAUGGAGGCACCAGUGUUCAAUGCUCUGCUUACUUUCAUGUACACGGAUGCAUUGCCGGAUAUGAAGCAAGAAGAAGAAUAUGCCAUGGCUCAGCAUCUGCUUGUUGCGGCAGACAAGUACAACCUGGAAAGGCUGAAGCUUAUUUGUGAAGAUAAGCUGUGCAAUCGUAUCGAUACGAGCUCCGUGGCGACUAUCUUGGCAUUGGCCGAGCAGCGUCAGUGCCACGAGCUUAAGGCAGCAUGCUUGGUGUUCCUCAGCUCGCCGACGAAUCUGGGUGCGGCCAUGGAGUCUGAAGGUUUCGAGUUUUUAACCAAGAACUGCCCUGGUGUUAUUAAGGAUCUCCUCAAGUCCCAGGUUGCUGCUAGUAUACUUGGGAAAAGAAAUUCUAGGGCAUGA